GCUGGUUUCCUAUCCCCUCCAUCCGGCAAUCCCUAUCCCUUUCUCCCAAGAAUCUGCCACCAAGAUCGAACAUCGCCCACGAAAGAAAAGCUCCAGCGCUCCGCGCGAGGCUCCCCCGUCCCCGCGCUACCCGUGCGCCGCACCUCUGCGUCUCGGCGUCCUCCCGAGUCCCGCGUCCGAGAGAUCCAAACCUGCUUCUGCGGUCGACUUCUCGACUCGGGCAGGUUCUCCUGAGACAAAGAGGAAGCCUCCCGCAUGUUCGGAAUCCGAGGCUCUUGCCUGCACAGUUCGUCGCCAGUGUCGCGGCGCGGAGAGGGCGAAGUGAACAUUCGAGGCGCCCGAGGAGCACCAACCUAAGUGACAAUGUCUGGGCUAUUCAGUAAAUUCAAGGGAGCGUCAUCUGGAAUUACAAGCCCAGGCGGCAUUACCUCCUCCUCGAGCAAGAACAAGAAAGAUGCGGAACCAGAGCCGGACCUCACACCCCUGCAGAAGAUGCUGCAAAAUGCUGGGCCUAUAAGAAGUGAUGGAAGUGAUAAGUUCUUUGGCAUGGAAAAUUUUGGCAAUACAUGUUACUGCAAUUCGAUAUUACAAGCAUUAUACUACUCAGUCCCUUUCCGAGAGCAUGUCGUCAGAUAUCCCCCGCAUUCUCCGUCCGAUACCCCGAAUGGACGCCCGCAAAUCGUUGUUCCUAUAAGAGCUCCAGUACAGAAUGGUGGGGCGGUAUCUCCAGGAAAGGCCAAAGGAAUUUCCGCCGCUGAAGCAAUGAAGAGAAGGUCAACUAUAAAUGCAGGACAACCAUUGUCUCCCCCGGCAGGACAGAGACCGGAAGAUAAACCUGAUUCGCCAGAAUACAAGAAGAAGCAUGCUAUGCUCACAGGCCCUAUAUUGGAGAUGACAUAUGACAACGCGAGUUCAUAUGGGAUGGAGGAAUCAACUUUCACGGCCUUAAAGGACAUAUUCAUGGCCCUGAUUGCGAGUUCUUCACGGUCAGGUGUCUUGAGUCCGCAAAGAUUCUUGGAGAUCUUCAAGCGCGAUAAUGAGAUGUUCCGGACAUCGAUGCACCAGGAUGCUCACGAGUUUUACGGAUUAGUACUGAACGCCGUCAUAUCUACCGUGGAAGCAAAUGCUCAACGGAUUAAGGAGUUGGAUCCACCACAGAAUGAGGACGGUCUAGCUCAAUCAAUGAAGGCUGCGGUGACCUCCGCAGCUUCUGGAAUGGGGCUGUCUAGCGGGACAAGAUCACCAGGGACAGGAUGGGUGCAUGAAAUAUUCGAAGGGGUUUUGACUUCAGAGACAAAAUGCUUGACAUGCGAAACAGCAUCACAACGAGACGAGACGUUCUUGGACCUUCCUAUCGAUUUGGAGGAACACUCAUCAGUCACAUCCUGCUUACGAAAAUUCUCAGCUGAGGAGAUGCUUUGCGAAAGGAACAAAUUUCACUGCGAUAACUGUGGUGGACUCCAAGAAGCCGCGAAGCGUAUGAAGAUCAAACGAUUACCCAAGAUUUUAGCCCUUCACUUGAAGAGAUUCAAGUAUACCGAAGACAUGACCCGCUUACAGAAACUAUUCCACCGCGUUGUCUAUCCUUACCACCUUCGUAUGUUCAAUACCACCGAUGACGCUGAGGAUCCAGAUCGCCUGUACGAGUUGUACGCUGUAGUCGUACACAUCGGCGGUAACGCCUACCAUGGUCACUAUGUCUCGGUCAUCAAAACUCAAGAUCGUGGGUGGCUUCUUUUUGACGACGAAAUGGUGGAACCCGUAGAUAAGCACUACGUACGGAAUUUCUUCGGCGACAGGCCUGGACAAGCGUGUGCAUAUGUUCUGUUCUACCAAGAGACUACUGUCGAAGCCAUGCGCAAAGAACAAGAUGCCGAAGGUCUUGCUGAAGCUGCUCUCUCAUCACAAGGAGCCGACAUAGCUCUAGGACAGCCUCAAUCAGACUCCUCUACCCCCAAGCAAGUCGCCACACCCGACACACCACAGGAUGAUCAGCGUGAGUUCGUAUCCCUCAACAGCGCAAUUUCUAACCCGCUCCCGAAACCGGCCCCCAUUGCAUCCAAACCAGUACCAGGCGUCCUCCCUCACGCAGCAUCAUCACCCGCAGUCCCACAAUUAAGUCCAGGAAAAGUAAAGAGCAAGGUAGAGAAAGCUCGGGAACAAAAAGAGUCCAAAGAAGCCGAGAAAGCCCGGAGAACUGCCGAGAAGGCUGCAGAGAAAGAAAGGGCCAAGGAGGCAGAGAGAGCGAAGAAAGAGUUGGAAAACAAGCGAAGAGAAUACCAACGGACCCAAGCCGAAGAUGUAAAGAAGGCUAUCGCUUUAAGCAAAGCUUCCGCCGCUGCCGAAGAGUCGAAGAGAAAAGAAGCUGCAGGAAUAGGGAAUGGCGGUCCUACUAUCAAAGAAAAGGACCUUGAUAAGUCGUUCGGCCAGGGCGCUUUGAAGUCUCACGGACGGAGUAAGAGUACGAGUCGCAAGAGCUUCGGUUUCUUAGGCAAGCAAGAAAAGAACGGAGAGAAGGAGAAGGAGAAGGCUAGAGGGAAUGAUCAGACGGCAAUUGACAGAGAUCCCGGACCGCCAGAGAAGAAUCAGAAGUCAGCGAGGGAUGGGAGGUUCAGUUUCAGCGGGCUAGGAAAGAAAAGGAGCUCUCUGUUCCGCGGUCCCUGAAAGGCGCGGAUGGUCUUUUGAUGAGAUCGAGUGUGCUCACGGGGUGGGGGCGCCUGUAUAUUUCGCUCCAUCUGGGGUCACUGGAGAGACGAGGCGACCCAAAAUGCCCCAAAAAUAUCAUAAAAUACAGGAUGGCCGAAAAUGGGAGGCGGGAUUAUUAAAUGAAGUACUGGCUGGGGAUAUACCAUAUGGUAUUCAAAAUACCGACGGGAGUUUUGGGGGGCGGGGCAUUGGGCUGAAGUAUGAAUCUGUCGAUUGGAUAGGUACUUACAGCAUAAUAUGUAAGGAGAUAAUCUAAGUAGCCAUCACGAUACGAAUCAGUUCGUCGGCGGAAUAGUAAAAGAACUCCAAAGACAUUUUGCUCAAAUUAG